AAAAGCCGUAGUAGUAUUAGUUACCAACCAACCCUUUAAGCAAAGAUCUGCAACUCUCUCUCUCUUUCUUUCUUUCUUUCUCUCUCUAUCUAAGAGCGCGAGUGCAAAGCGCGUGGCGGCUCUCUCACGCAUCGCCUUCAGCUGAAAAUAAAAAAGCUGCAGAACUAGUAGAACCAGAAACCACUUUCUGUUCAUUUGCUCUAAAUUUCAGGAACUAGGAAGUAGAAAUGGCUAGUCGAAAGGAGGAUGAGAAAAACGAACGAAUUAUACGCGGUCUACUCAAACUUACUGAGAAUCGUCGAUGUAUCAAUUGCAAUAGUAUGGGACCUCAAUAUGUAUGCACAAAUUUCUGGACAUUUGUUUGCACUACCUGCAGUGGAAUACAUCGGGAGUUCACGCAUCGAGUAAAAUCAGUAUCAAUGGCCAAAUUCACUUCACAAGAAGUUACUGCCCUUCAGGAAGGGGGGAAUAAGCAUGCAAAGGAGAUCUACUUUAAAGAAUUGGAUCCGCAACGUCAUUCUGUUCCUGACAGCAGUAAUGUUGAGAGACUUCGGGACUUUAUUAAACAUGUUUAUGUGGAUAGAAGAUAUUCAGGCGAGCGGAACUAUGACAAACCUCCUAGGGUCAAGAUGGGUGAGAAGGAAGAGUUGUAUGAAAACAGGAGAACAGAUGCAUAUCAAGGAGGGUCUCGAAGCCCACAAUAUGAGGAUACAUAUGAACGCCGGUACAGUGAUAGGUCUAGUCCUGGUGGAAGAAGUUAUGAAGAUAGAAGUCCUGGAUACGAGCAAGAAAGUCGGCAGUAUGGUGAUUAUAAGAGAAGUCCUGUUCGUCCUGAGAUCGUAAGUGAUUGGCGUCGAGAGGAUAGAUUUGGAAAUGGAAGGAGAGUUGAAGACCGUCGGGAAUCUGAUGGAGAUUCUAAGCUGGAAGGCAGAUCACCUGAGCGACCUAAAGAUUUAAACUCAUCCAGCCCUCCUAUGGUGCGGCCUGUAAGAGAGAUUUUGGGAGAGAAUGUAAUACCUCUUCGUAUAAGUGAACCUCCAAAAGCCAAUGGUGGCAGGUCUGUUGAUGGCUUUUCACAUACACAGAGAACCGCAUCUUCCAGUAGCUUGGGAUCCAGUAAUGGGAAUCCGGUGGAAGUUAAAGUGGAGACUUCUGGAAGCUUAAUUGAUUUUGAUGCAGACCCUGAACCUCCAAUUGCCGCAGCUGUUCCACAAGCACAACAAACAUUUGUGACUCAACCAACUGGAAAUUCAGCAACUUCUACCAAUGACAACAAUUGGGCCUCUUUUGAUGUUGCUCCAGAGGCAAAAGUAUCUCAAGCCCCUUCAAAUGUCAAUACAUUAGAUGUAUUAUCACAAUUAUCAGUUUCAGUAUCUGUACCUGGUCAUGUUUCUGGAAAUCCUGGUGGGGCUGGUUCUCUUACAACUGCAACCUCUAGCAACUUGACAAUGUUACCUAAUACUGGUGUUUCAGCUUUUGCACCUGUAGGGAAUAUACCGGCGUUGCCCUAUACGGCUGGUGCUCCUGUUGCUUCACCAAUAAGCAGUGUGUCAGCGUUUCCCCCUGGUGGCGCACCCGCAAUUGCCCCUGGAUUGAUGCCAAUAUUGCCUGUUAAUGGUGGUGUUUCAUUUGCCCAAGUUCCAGGUUCUGGGCAAGCGCCUAAUUUGCAGCAUCAGCAACCUUCUUUCUUUCCUGCUACUGGUGGUCAAUCAACUGCUCACCAAUUUACACCUUCAGUUGAUUUAGCUUCAGGCAAUCAGUGGAAUUCAUCACUUACCACUAAUUCACAUGGGCCUUCAAGUGCUCCAGCUGGACAAGCACCCCAAGCUGUCUCAAAACCUGUAAAUGUGCCCACUUCUAGUGAUGUGUCACAAUCAAUUGCAAGAAAAGCACUGCCUGAGGACCUUUUUGCUGCCACCUCCUAUUCACAUUUUGCUGCACCAGUGCCAGGGUGGCAAAUGGGUCCACCCCAUGGCAUGGGGUUUGCUAUGCAAUAUGCUAUGCCAGCGCCAACUUUUCAACAAUCAAAAUCUUCAAACCCAUUUGACUUAAGCAGCGAACCACCUUCAGUUCAAGCCUCAACGUUUCCUUCCAUGGCACCCUUGCAAGGUGCUCUACCAAAUGUCCAGCCUGCUUCAGGCUUAAUGCGCACUUCCAGCUAUGGUACUCCUCCAUCAGUAUGGAUGGCACCCCAGGCACCACCUUAUGCAUCGGCAUUGCCUCCCCCAGCACCAUCUUAUGUAUCAGCAGUACCUCCAAGGGCGUACAUGGUACAACAAGUACCCGGUAACAUGCCACACAUGCCACCUUCAGGGCAUCAAGGACUAGGGGGCUUGGGCAAUGAUGGGGCUGCUUUUAGCUCCUUAAAUAUGGAUCAGCAGCUGGCUGGAAGAUUCUCAGCACCUGCUACACCAAAUCCUUACUCUUCUGCUGGUGGAAACCCAUUUGGAUAAAUAUGAAAAGGAAAGCCUUUCUGAUUCAUUUAGGUUAAGCAUCAACUUGUUGCUCCCUGUCAAGUUGCUGGGUGGAAAGUUUUGGUUUCUAUAUUGUGGUAGUUUUAAUUUAGCCAGCCGAAGGAGAGAAUUGUUCUGUUCAUACCCGUGAUAAAAAUCAAAUGCCCACAUUGGUCAUCUAAAAUUUAUUUGGUGCUGUGAGAGAGAGAGAGAGAGAGAGGGGGCACAGCAUAUGAUUGAAAAGGGGUUAGGAGACCACUGUCAUGGAGACUUAAAGGUCAAAAUUUUGUGUGGCAAAUGGUGUUAGGUAAGUGCGUGUAAUGUUUCAUUGGCCGAACGUGUGUUUAUUUGCUGCCCCUAUAAGCUGGAUAAUUAUAUCUUUGGGCGUUUGUAUUGUAUGAUUUUGUAAUCGUUUCAUCAUUGUGGUGAGCUUGUCGAGUCUGUGAAAAGUUAAUGAAAACAAUAUAUACAGUGAUGUUAUAGUGGAGUACAGUUUGUAUGCUAAAUAUUAUUGAAUUUGAAGAUUUUUUUUUGCCA